CUUUUCGGCACCCGUAAACACAUGGGCGGAAGUAUUGUCUCGCGAUUCACGAAGUCAGCAUGGGCUACGAAGCCAAGCUGCUUCUGUUUCACCCACAUCGUCGAUAGUGUUAAAAACAAAGCAGUAUUUCACUCACAUUUUGUUUCAUUCGGUUACAUUUCAUAAUAAUGGCUACGGACCACGUUGUGCCUGGACAGUUUGAUGACGCAGAGGAAUCGGGGAGCGAAAUCGAAGCCCCUCAACAAAGUGGAACUGGGGUCCAUACCACAAAACAGGACGACCUUGUGCAAGAUGCAUUCGAUGAAGACGAUGAUGACUACGAAGAUGAUGAUGAGGAUGACUGGGACGUGGAUGGAGAUUUCAUCAAAUGCAAUACCGCCCUAAGGACAGGGAACGUUCAACAGGCUAAUCGGCAGAACCCAAGUAACAAAGCAAAAAUGUCUACUCCCUCUGACAAAGUUCUACGGAAAUUUGAACACAAGAUCAACCUAGAUAAGUUGAACUAUGCCGACUCUGUCAUCAACAAGGUGGUGGCCCGGGAAAGACAAAGAGAAGUAGAAACGUAUCGAGUCAAGGACAAGUCAGACAGGGCAACAGUGGAACAGGUUUUGGAUCCAAGGACGCGCAUGAUCCUUUUCAAGAUGUUGAGUAGGGGUGUUAUUUCCGAAAUCAAUGGAUGCAUCAGCACAGGAAAGGAGGCAAAUGUUUACCAUGCAAGCACUGCAAAGGGAGAGAGCAGAGCUAUCAAAAUAUACAAGACAUCUAUUUUACUCUUCAAAGACAGAGACAAAUAUGUCAGUGGAGAGUUCAGAUUCAGACACGGCUACUGCAAAGGAAACCCGAGAAAGAUGGUGCGCACAUGGGCAGAGAAAGAGAUGAGGAACCUCAGUAGGCUGCACACAGCUGAGAUUCCCAGCCCUGAGCCCAUCAUGCUACGCAGCCACGUCCUCGUCAUGGACUUCAUCGGCAAGGAUGACAUGCCAGCUCCGCUGCUAAAGAAUGCAGUGCUCUCAGAGUCCAAGGCCCGGGAGCUUUACCUGCAGGUCAUCCAGAACAUGCGGAGGAUGUAUCAGGAGGCGCGACUCGUCCAUGCAGAUCUUAGCGAGUUCAACAUGCUAUAUCACAACGGAGACGCUUACAUCAUAGAUGUAUCCCAAUCUGUGGAGCACGACCACCCUCACGCCUUGGAGUUUUUACGGAAAGAUUGCAGUAACGUCAAUGAUUACUUUCAGAAGCAUGACGUGGCAGUGAUGACUGUUCGCGAAUUGUUCGAGUUCAUCACGGAUCCCUCCAUCACCAAUGACAACAUGAACCAGUACCUCGAAAAGGCAAUGGAGAUAUCUUCGGACAGGACGGCAGAGGAGAGGUCUAAUCAAGACAAAGUUGAUGAAGAGGUGUUCAAGAAUGCCUACAUCCCCCGGACACUAACAGAGAUCAGCCAUUACGAGCGUGACGUGGCCGCCAUGGCAAAAGCAAAGGAAGAAGAGUCGGCUCUGAACACACAGAAUGACAAUGUCCUAUACCAGACAGUCAUGGGCUUGAAAAAAGAUCUGUCAGGAGUUCAGACGGUGCCUGCCCUGCUGGAGGGCUGUGAAGAGGAGGGAAACUCGAGUUCAUCAGACGAGGACAGUGAAUCAGAUGGUUCAGAAGAGGAGGAGGCAACCACACAAGACGGUCAGAGUGAAGUGCCACCAGUGGACAGAAAGGAAAGGAAGAAAAUGGUCAAAGAGGCUCAAAGAGAGAAGCGAAAGAAUAAAGUUCCAAAGCAUGUGAAGAAGCGUAAAGAGAAAACGGCAAAGACAAAAAAGGGACGAUGAAAAGUUGAGUUGAGUUACAAGAAAUAUGAGAUAUAAUUUUGUUCUGACGGACUUCACACAACUUUCCCCGGUGGUUACCUCCCCCACAUGAGUAUCAUUUUCCAGGAGAUUGCUCCAUUGUGCUGUUUUUAGUAGUGCGGUUUUCAAAAGAUCCAAGCAGGGAUUGGUUUCGUAGAAGUACACUAAGACGAAUAAAUCUGCGUAAUUUUGUAA